UUUCAGACUAACUUUUUUCCAAAAAAGCGAUGAACGAUGAGAAAGGAACAACGACAAUUCCAUGCCUGCAAAAUCGACAACGUUAUAUUGUUCUGGCAAUAGGAACCCUAUGCAUUGCAUCUAUUGCCAGUAACAUGACUGUCAUCAAUUUCACAAUGAUUUGUAUGGCAAAACCUUCCGAGUUAGUACCAACUACCGACCAAGAAGGAACGAUCAAUUUUUCAUACUCCAACGAGCAGAAGUCAGUUAUAAUGUGGGCAGCAGCAGUGGGGACUCUAGCCGCCGCAUGGCCAUUUCACUGGUUCUACGAAAAAUUCGGAGCUCGGAGGGUGUUCUUUGCAGCAGGAGCGUUUUCAACAAUUUCCACAGCUCUGAUGCCACUGGCAGCUCACAUUCAUUUCAAUUUUCUAGUUGUCGCCAGGUUUUUCCAGGGCGUAAGCUUCGGAGCUGACUUUGCAGCAAUUGGACUGAUCGUUGUCAACUGGGCCAGCCUGAAACAACACGGACUGUUCAUUUCACUUCUCUCAUCAUUUUCUCAAAUUUCUGUAAUGUUCACAAUGCCUGUAGCUGGAGAACUUUGUGAAUCGAAAUAUGGUUGGGAGUCCGUGUACUACGGGCACGCGGCUGUCAGUGGAGCUUUGUUCGUUUUAUGGGCAUGGUUUUAUAGAGACAACCCUUCCAAACACCCGCAAAUGACCGAAACUGAACUCGAAAAAAUCCGCAGAGGAAAAGGAGAAGUGAAAGAGCACGAAAAAGCUCCGAUCGCCAAGAUUCUCACAAAUCCAGUCAUGCAAAGUGUGUGGCUCUCAGCAUUCGGAGAGCUCAUGAUGUCACAGUUUAUCGUAAUGUAUGAGCCCACGUUCCUCAAAGAAGUUCUAGGCUUCACCGUCAAUCACACCGGAUAUUUUGUCGCAAUUCCACGGGCUCUUCACUUGACCUUCAAGAUAAUCUCGGGAAUCGCUAGUGAUCGAAUAAGUUUUUGGACGGAAAAGUCCAAAAUGCGAAUUUUCAACACAAUUGCUCUUAUGGGCUCGGGAACGUUUUUCUGCGUACUGGGCUACAUUCCAAAAGAGCAUGCACAUCUCUCAUUGGUUGCUCUGAUAAUUAUCGAAUGCUCUACGGGAUUUAUUUGCGGCGGAUUUUAUAAAUGUGCAACUUUGGUAGCGAGACAACACUCCCACUUUGUCCUAUCUCAAAUUCAAUUUAUCAAAUGCCUUUCACUUUUCAUUGAGCCCCUAUUGGUUUUUCUGAUAUGCACCUCAAACACUCUCGAAGAAUGGAGAAUUGUUUUUCUAACCCAUGGAAUUCUUCUAAUUGCUGGGAACAUUAUUUUCUGCUACUUCGCAACAGAUAGGCCUGCGGAUUUCACACAUACACUUGUUGAGGAAGAACUGCCAGAAUUUUUAUUAGAAAGGGAAAGACUCACGGAACACAAAGCUUGAAGCGGGAUGUUAAUUGUCUAGGCAAAGAAAACUCAUUUAACUAAUACACUAUCAAAAUAAUAAAGCGUUUCUCUUGUCUGUUUGCCGAAGGUUGUUUCUUAAAAUAAUGCUAAUGACUUUGGUGGUGUAAAUAAAUUUGGCGGGAAAUUUAAAUUUCCUAAUAAAAAUUGUUUU